AUGGAUUUAUCAUUUUUAGUUGAUAAAGAAUACAAUCAGACUUAUUUGGAUGAACGUUCUUAUUUAGCAGACAAUAUUGAUGGCUUUGGCAUCACCAUGGCUAUACUGUACUUGGUGGUGUGCAUCCUUGGACUAGCUGGAAACUCCCUUGUCAUUGUUGCUAUUUUGAAAUUGGACAAAAUGACGUCUUCCACAACAGUGUACAUUUUGAACCUAGCGUUAGCCGAUGGACUUUUCAUGGUUGGGCUUCCCUUCAUAGCGAGCCAGAACUUUCAAAAGCACUGGAUAUUUGGCGACAUGGCGUGCAAAGUGGUUAUGGUUCUGGACGGCAUUAACCAGUUCACCAGCGUCUACUGUCUCACGGUGAUGAGCAUCGACCGCUACAUGGCUCUGGCUGACCCGCUUCGAUUUGCUCGCUGGAGAACGCCACGCAUUGCCAAGAUAGUUUCAGCAUUUCUGUGGCUAUUCUCACUCAUCACCAUCCUUCCAAUGGCGCUACACUUCUCAUCGAUAGGGGGCCAGUGUAUACCCAACCUGGUAUCAGAUGCCUGGUGGCUUGGCACCUUAACUUACACCUUCUUCACAGGGUUUGCCUUGCCAUUUAUGGUCAUGACAGUAGCCUACACAGCACUGUUGCUAACACUGCGGUCCAAGCGAAUUAGAGCAAUUGCGCCGCACAAACAGAGCCAAAGGCUGGAACGGCAGGUCACCAAAAUGGUGGUGGCAGUUGUGGUGGUGUUUGGAAUGUGCUGGCUGCCUUUUUACACCUUUAACUUCUGCUCCCUGUAUCAAAGUGACCUGGUCCAAAUCUUUGCCAAAGCUUUUGAGUUUGUGGUAUUGCUGUCAUAUUCAUGGAGCUGUGCUAAUCCCAUCCUGUAUGCCUGCCUCUCUGACACCUUCAAGGGGCACUUCCGCACCCUCCUUUGCCAAGGCAACAAUUUAUAUCCAAGCAUACACAACAACACUGAACAGUAUGACUUACAUGACACCGGUGUGCAGGAUGUGAACAUUUUGGCAUAGAGAAAAGACAAAAACUCACACACUGAUUUACUUAAUUUGCCAUGAUGAUUUGCCAAUUUGUCAUGACUGAUACCUUUCAUAUUCUUUAAACAUAUUUAACUAUUGGAUUGUUUGUUGAUGCAUGAACUCAAAUUAAGUCUUUCUACACUAUAGUUUAGAUACA